AUGAGCGCCGCGACUGACAGGACAGACACUGCCGGCAAUCUCAGCAAAAAUGGCAACACCACCAACCGCCAAGAUCCCGCUUCUUACUUCCUCGCACUGGCGCGGCAGGGCUCGCCUCCGACGGACGGGGUGACGGGCGCGGCGGAAGAGGACUGCGAGCGGGAAGAUGCCCCGACGGAGCUCAACACGAUCAACAGCUCCGGGGGAUUUGUGGUGGUGUCGACGGAUAAGCUCUCGUUGAAAUACACGAAUGUCAAUCUCCACGGGCACGACGUCGGAGCUGUUCAAGCGAACAAGCCGGCUCCCGUUAAGCGGCUCGUGUAUUACUUCGAGAUUUAUGUGAAGAAUGCUGGUGCGAGGGGCCAGUUUGCGAUUGGAUUCACUAACGAGACUUUCAAGAUGAGGAGGCAGCCCGGGUGGGAAGCUAACACUUGUGGGUAUCAUGGGGAUGAUGGCCAUCUUUAUCAUGGUCAUGGAAAAGGACAGCCUUUUGGGCCAACAUUUACAACCAAUGAUACUGUUGGCGCUGGUAUUAACUAUGGUUCACAGGAGUUCUUUUUCACUAAAAAUGGAGCAAUUGUUGGAGCAGUAAAAAAGGAGAUCACUGGUGCCUUAUUCCCUACAGUUUCUGUUCACAGCCAGAAUGAGGAGAUUGAAGUUAACUUCGGUCAAAAGCAAUUUGCAUUUGAUAUCAUGGAAUAUGAAAGACGGGAAAGGAUGAAGCAACACCUGAGAAUUGAUAAAACACCUUUGUCGCCAAAUGCCAGCUACAAACUCGUCCGGUCGUACUUGCUGCAUUAUGGAUAUGAAGAAACUCUCAAUUCAUUUGAGUUGGCUACUAAGAAUACAGUUCCUCCGAUAUCCAUGUCUCAGGAAAAUGGCUCUGAUGUGCAAGACAUAAUGUAUGCAUUAAAUCAGAGAAGAGAGCUUAGACAGCUAAUCAGAAAUGGCGAGAUUGAUGCAGCAAUUAACAAGAUCCGUCAGUGGUUUCCACAGAUUCUUGAGGAUGACAAGUCAGCAACUUGUUUUCUGCUCCACUGUCAGAAAUUCAUUGAAUUGGUUCGAGUUGGUGAACUAGAGGAAGCUGUAAACUAUGGAAGAAUGGAAUUGGCGAAGUUCUUUGAGUUGCCAGUGUACAAUGAUCUUGUUCAGGAUUGUGUAGCCUUGCUAGCAUAUGAGGAGCCACUGCAAUCAGCAGUGGGCUAUCUCCUAGAAGGCACGCAGCGAGAGACCGUUGCAGACACAGUAAACGCCAUGGUGUUGCUGACGAAUCCGAACGUGAAGGACUUACAAGGCUGCUUGCAGUCAUAUCUCGAGAGGGUAGUGAGGCAACUGACUGUUUGCUGUCUGGAGAAACGGUCGUUGAGUGGUAAACAGGGCGAGGGAUUCAGUCUACGUAGGGCACUUAACAGUAACUACAAUGCCAAGAGAAGCUAA